ACCACCCGGCGGCCCGCUUGCCCUGCCAAGCCGAGCGAAGAAAAGAAACGCUCUUCCGGGCCCUCGGCGAGCCGGGCUCCCCAUUUCGAGCGAACCGACUGGACGCCCAAGCAGUGCGCGAUGGCGGGGAGCGCGAUAACCGUCCGCCUGGCCGGAGGCAGCCCCUGGGGUUUCCGGCUGCAAGGGGGAAGAGGCACCGGCCAGACCCUGACCAUCACCAAGACGCGGCGCAAGAGUAAAGCCUACCAAGUGCUGCUCGAAGGCGACCAGCUGAUCAGCAUCAAUGGGCAGCCAUGCGAUAACCUCAGCCACGAUGAAGCCAUGGCUAUUGUCGAGUCCGGCUGCCCCGAGUUGGUCAUCCAAGUGCGCAGGGGAUACGAGCAGAACAAGGAGAACGAGAACAAGCCGAAAGACAACCCGCACCCAAAGACCGAAACGCAAGCCGCCGCCGCAGCUCCAGUUUGGACAGCACCGACCGGAAGCUCAUUCUUUCCGAAGACCUCUCCGACCGGAAGUAGCGCCUUUUCGAAGGGCCUGCUGACCAGUACGAGCGCUCUUCCGAGGACCGGCCCGAGCCUGAAGGGGCCGCUCAGUGACCUGGGGAACAUCCCGAGGCCUUUCGUACCCUUUCAGGACAAGAGUCCCGACACCAUGCGCGAGGUAAAGAGUUCGGUGGAGCACAUCAAGGACCCCUUCACGGGCGUCACCAAGGAGGUCCGCACCACCAUCGAGAAGGAGUCCCAGGAGACGCCUUCAUCGCUCUAUCGGAGUGUGACGGAGACCAAGAAGGAGACCUCGCAGCUGCCAUCGGGCGGGUCGCUGCUCUCCACAACCACCACGGUGACAAACCGUUCGACCAGCACUAGCAGCAGCACGACCAAGAAAGCCCCACCACCCACGGCGCCCAAGCCCAAGCUCAAGCUGAACACGGAGCUGGCCUCAGACGUGGCCCGUUUCGGCUUCCCUCCCGACAGGCCCUGCUCCAGUGCCAGCGAAGCCAGUGGGCACCCGGCGCAGCACGCCGGAAGUUCGCAGGACAGUCCGCUGCUGAGCCCCACGGGGCUGCUGCUGCUGCCCAAGUUCUACGAGCCGCCUACGCAGAACUCCGCGAUGGACGUGCACCCGCUCAGCCUCCACAGGAAAAAAACGUUCUCUUCAUCGAGCUUCUACGAGGAGCCUAACUGCAUUUACCCCACUGUAGAAGAACAAGUAGAACUAGCUCGCAAAAUCGCAGACUCUCUCUCGGCGGACACCAACAGGAAAUCUCGGGGCGCCAACAUGUUCUUCAAGAGGGUCAAACGCUCCCACAAGUGGGUCCAUGAAGCUCCCGACUACUCAGAUUCUGAGGCGACUCUGUCUGGCACAGAAACGUCCAGGGAGGAACUUGCAACACCAGAUCCAGCGACUGUGCCGUACAAGAUAAGCAAGGGUCCCCCGAAACUGAAACUUAUCCUAGACCCAAGGCACCUACAAGACGCCAACACGCUGCGCUCGACGGGCAUCAGCAUCGUCGAGCACAACGCCAUCAGUCCGGAGGUGUGCCUCGAUCUGGUGAAAGACUUAAAUUCGCCGUGCGGUAAGGGAGCCGCCAUGUUCGCCAAGCGCAAGAAGAAGUCUGAAGACUGGGUGGUAGACGUGGAGCGCAUCAAGGCCCAGCUGGGAGACCGCUGGCCGGAGCCGCACCAGCCGGUGGCUCCCAUCCGCACGCCCAUCAAGACACCCGUAGAUCGUUUCAAGGAGUCACUGGUCAACCCCCGGCUCAGGCUGGUCAAAAGUCCCUGGGAGGCGGCGCUGGAGUCUCCCAUUGGCAGCUGCGAGAAAGCUUUCGCCAUGGUGCGUCCCGAAGAGGUCGUUGAAAGUGUGAUCCGCGCCGCUGAAGCCAAGGGGGUCCCCGAACCGGCUGCCUACCAGAACGGGCUGGCUGGCGCCUACGAGCCAGCCGCCUACGAGCCGCGGCCGUCCGCCGCCCCUUACAAUCCCAAGGACCCGUGCUUGGCCAGGGCUCCUCGGGGAUGGCGGGGCACCGCCACGCAGCCCGCUCCCGAGCCCAGCGGCGGCUCCUGGCCCAGCGCCGGCGGCAGCGCUGCCCCGUCCUCGAGCGUGAGUCCGUGCCCGCCGUUGCAGACUGGUGGAGCCGUCCAGCCCAUCGCCCUGAGCCCGCUUCCCGCAUUCGGGUCGCCGGCUGCAAGCAGCGUUAAUCUGUCCCAGUUCCAGAACUUCAACAGCUUGCCGAGAUCGUGGUCGCCGCGCUGCUCCAGCCAAGCCGCGUUUCGGCCCGUGAAGGCCCCUACCUUCUACGCCCGCUAAUCCCGAGGUCGUAGCCGGAGAGGCCAAUGUCGAAGUCAGGUUGUCAUUUGCCGGCUCAGCAGGAACACCUCCCUUGUUUAGGAACCAUAAGUGACCGCGAAGGGCCGCGAAUACCUUUGAAAUUACCUUCUCUUUCGGCGGCUCAAGUGUUGUACGUCGCGGUGCACCCGAAGCUGCGGGUUGUCUGUCACGGUACGUAUUUUGCUUACGUCUUGUGACGCAGCUUCGGGCUACAAGAGACCUUCCUAUAAUUCGAACUCUGCACGCGGACUUGCACAACCAAAACGUGCUCUUUUUAGGCCUCGCUUCCACAUCAUUGCACACAAAUAUACUUAUCAGCGUGUGUGCAGGUGCUAAAGCUUAUUUCAGGAGCACAGUAACCGAAAUGUUAAUUGCAUCGUUGAAGAAACUUUUGCACCUUCCCGCUUCCUGUUGUCCAUGUGCGCCUUCUAUUUACUGCACAUCACUUAAAGAUUCGUCCUCCGCAAUGCGAUGUGUGCAGAAGUCUUCAUAUUAUCCGGACUCUCCACGAUCUGUAAGAGAUGUUAUCUAUAUUGUGCAGCCUUCCUUCGUGGCUCGGCUUAUCAGUUCUUGUUGCAUCGGCAAAAGACACGUUGACUUCAAAUGAAAUCAUUGUUGCAGAUUUGCCUGCUUCCCACCUUUUUCCCUAAUAUUUAAGAGGCAGAAAUGCUUUCAUGAGUGAUAAUGCAGUGUGUGUGCGUGCGUGUGAGUGCAGAGAAUACACAAGAAGAUAAAAGCCCCCAAAAAACGACUUAAAAGAAGGUCGCGCCAUACACCUAAAAACAAACGGAAUGCGCUGCAGGUGGAAAUGGACUAUACUGGUAACUUUUGCAGAGGCUCAUGCGAAUAAAAACAAAAAGUGCAGCGACGUAGCACAUUGGUCACCACGAAAAAAAAAUUCGCGAAUGAAACGUACCACUCUUGAAUGAGGAGUAUGUUUUAAUGAAGAGAAGAGAGGAGACCGGACACAUGAAACACACUCCUGUGGUAACGCUGCCACGUGGUGUAUCAUUAAAUUGGCGUAAAGAAGUUGCUCCGACGUUGAGGCGCAGCUUCGGAACAGUAACAUUGACUGUAGAGACAUUUGAAGGGGGACAGAUGACGCUAAAAGCUAUUCACGUCGUAAGGAAGUCCCCACUGCGUAGUAAUCCCUUCGCGUUCAGGACUCUCACUGCUCAUUUUGCAUACCCUCCAAGCCAGCUGUAAUUUAAUAGUUGUGGUCGUACAAAAGAAACUAGUUGCUAAUAUGACACAGCACUUGUGAACGCUCAUGCAAGGAAUAGUACGGAAUUACGUCAAACGAAGCGAGAAGCAUCGAUAAAAGCACAGCUCAUCAUAAAUUCGUCAACCUCAACACUGCGACGCCACACGACCCAUGACCCGACUGAAUUCGACAGGGCGGCACGUUUUAUACACCAAAAACACAUUCAUGUAUUUAAUGACAAAGUGUUUGCGUGCUUUUAUAAGCCGCCGAGCGCGACUUUUGCGCGAGCGCCCGGCAAGUAGGCUUUCCUUGCGAAUAAUUCCUGGGUACAGUAACGCACUGGCAGCAUGGCGCACAUAGAAGGGCUUCGAGAAAAGUUCCUUCCGAGCUUGCAAAGAGUACAGUGCAUUUCCCACUGUGCGUGACACACCUGGAACGCAAGCGAUGGCACACUGCAGCCGAAAGGCGGUAGGUACUACAAUUUCUCGCUAUCACACACGCUACAUAACACACGUCUGAACCUCAAUCGCGUUCGAAAUUGCAAGGACGCAUGACUUGCUCAUCAAAUUUCAUGAGCGCCUGUGCCUCGUUAGCCAAGAUAACAGGCGUGUGUGCCUUAUGCGCAACAGUGCACACUACAGAAACACGGCAGUGUCAAAGUAACUUAACCGGCAGCUAUAAAGUAAGCAAGGGCCUCACCGCUGCAGCACCCCAUACCGAUGUAUAGAAAAAAAAUAUUUCGUUUAUCAAUUGACCAUUGAAACAAUCUAUGUGCUAUGUGCACUAGGAUCUUGACAACAAAGCCUUACAAUAGCCAGUGAGCGCCUUUCCUUCAGCCGUGAGAAUUUUCCAGUGGCGACAAAAACGGUGGAAGGUAUAAGGCAUUUACCCGCUGUUAUCUAUUGUGCCGCAUUACCUUCAUCAUUUCUCAGCUCAGCUGUUUCACUGGUUAAAAUGAGUUUGCAACGACGCCGAUGGAAAGUACGAAAAAGCACGCGAGAAAAAUUGUGUUUCUACAAUUUCGUAUCGCGUGCGUGGACUGCACAUUUAGCGGUGCUAGGGGGAGCAACCACUUUCCGCUGUAAAUACUCACUAGCGAAAUGACAAGAUGCAAGCGAAGCACCAAGACGAUAUAGCCUGCGUCGGCACAAAUGGCCCUUCUCGCCAUCUCAUUUGCUGAAACUGCAUCUGCGCUAGGGCGUUAUUGGCCACGCACAGUGUGCUGUAAUAGCGAACAGCUCACGUGGACGGCGCGAGAAUGACCCCAGCGUACAACGGUACUGCUGAGAACGAAUAACAAGCUCACGGCCUUUAUAGCGUAACCGUAAAACAUUUUUUUUCGAACCCCAGUAGAUGAGAAAAAGCAGCCUAGAUUCCAGUUUGCGUGCGUGCGAUGUUCUUUGUCGAUGUUUGUUUCUCGACAAACGGCGGAAUAAAACAUUUCUGCUCCCUCUC